UCUCUCUUACACACACACACACACACACACUGCGCGCGCUGAAGGACCUCGGUACAGAGUUUAGCGCACACCCCUGUACACACACACACACACGCACACGCGCACCCGUAAGCUUGAACACACUCUCUUGAGCGCGCACACGAGCCGUGCACAUGCCACAUACCGCGCGCGCUCAGACACUCUGCGAUCAUCUUAAAUGAUAACAAGAAGGAAAAAAAAAAACCCAGCAUCAGCAAUAAUCCCAUGCAGAGUGUUUGAUCCAGAGGCGCGUUGUUCCUCAGUCCUAAUCUGGAUUAUGUGCUCGGUUUGACGGGUUUGGCGCGCGCUCGCGCUCGGAUGAAUCGCUGCACCGGAAUCCGCCGCGGACGCGGCACGCGGGGUUUGGGGAUAUAGCGCGAGACCGUCCGGGUGAAUUCAUCAUCAUAACUAAGGCAGCCAACCUCUAACAGCGUCCCUCAAGUGCCUGAGACCACUGUCACGCCUCGCUUCUCCACUCACUUUCUUCCUUCAUUCUGCACUUCCUCCGUAUCCCGCUCUACAUGGAGCCAGGGGAGUUAUGGAGCCAGGGGGAAGAUCCCCUCAUGGAGAGCUUUAACGCGUCGGAAUUCAGAACUGGAAUUCCGUCAGCUCCAAUAAUGUCGAGGAUGAUGGAUAAUCAGUCAUACAGCAUGUCGAACCAGACCGUUCCAUUUUUUGGCAGCAGCAUGGUGAUGACGGCAGCCAUAUCAGUGACCGUGUUCAUCAUCGGGCUCGUAGGCAACACGCUGGCCAUCUACGUGGUGCUGCGGUACGUCAAGAUGAAGACUGUGACCAACAUCUACAUCCUGAACCUGGCCGUAGCUGACGAGCUCUACAUCCUGGGCCUGCCGUUCCUGAGUACGCAGAAUGUCCUUUCGUACUGGCCGUUCGGAUCCUUCCUGUGCCGCGUGGUCAUGAUGACCGAUUCACUCAACCAGUUCACGAGCAUCUUCUGCCUCACGGUGAUGAGCAUCGACCGAUACCUGGCCGUCGUUCACCCUCUCCGCUCCAGCAGGUGGCGCCGGCCCCGUGUGGCCAAAGUGGUAAGUGCUGCAGUGUGGGCCACGUCAUUCAUAGUGGUGCUGCCGGUGGUGAUCUUCUCCAACGUUCAGGACAUGUUCAACUCCUGCAACAUGAGCUGGCCAGAGCCGCGCAACCUUUGGCCAGUGGCGUUCAUCCUCUACACGUCUGUCCUCGGCUUCUUUGCGCCGCUGCUUGUGAUAUGCGCGUGCUACGUGCUCAUCGUGGUGCGGGUGAAGGCUUCGGGAGCACGGACCGGAUUCGGGAGGCGGCGCCGCUCCGAGCGCAAGGUGACACGCAUGGUGGUGGUCAUCGUGGUGGCAUUCGUGCUCUGCUGGCUGCCAUUCUAUAUGAUCAACAUCGUCAACCUCAUAUUCAUCCUGCCUGAGAACAGUGUGAUGGUGGGGGUCUACUUCUUCUCAGUCAUCCUCACCUACGCCAACAGCUGCGCUAACCCAAUUCUCUAUGGCUUCCUGUCUGAUAACUUCAGGCAGAGUUUCCGGAAGGUGCUGUGUGUGCGCAGGGCCAAUGGCGUUGAGGACGGGGAGCCGAGCGCACCACGCACUGACAAGACGAGCGCAUUCGAUGGCUUCCUUCCAGUGAGGAACGACCACGUCAAUGGGCAUGUGCAAAGCAGCCAGGUUAACACUGGUUAUCGUACUGAUUUACAACUCGACUGAGAUUCUACAUGCAGCUUGCUGGAUUAAGGACAUGCAGUUGGAGCCACGCCCGGGUCAAACGUCCAAACUGGAACCGGUGAAAUCUAAAGUGAUUGGCCAGUCCUCGCUUUAAACCCCGCCCCCUCUCUCUCUCUGUCUCUGUCUCAAAGCCAUCACCAUCCUUCCCUCUCUCUCUCUCUCUCUCUCUCUCUCUCCAUCCACCCAUAUGUCUGUUUGUUGUCACUUCCUGAUGAAGGUGUGGCCUCAGACCCUGACUCCACCCACUGAGACUCCACCCUCUCCUACAGAACAGCUCAGCCUUUGCCCAUCCGCGUCCGUGACUGUGGCUGUGACCUGACGAGGAGAGGAUUCUGGGUACGUGGUCGUGACUGGAGCACACAGCAGGAUGGAGGAAGGUGGAGAGGCUGUGCUGUCUUUAUGCGCUGUAGGAGGCGAGAGUGAGACAUGAGCGAGACAUGCACACUGCGAGCUUUACAGACCUCUCCGACGUUCAUCGAGGAAGUCAAUCACUCCUCAGCGUGAGUCAGCGGCGUGCCGGGCUGAAAUGUAGGCUGCUGCUCCCGAUUGAACAGAGAUUCCAAUUUCUGACAAACCCAUAGCUUAUCUCUCUCUCUCACACACACACACACACACACACACACACACACAGUGUCUGCAGCUACAUCACUGAAACAAGAAACCACAAACUUUCUUUCAAUUCGUCAUGUUAUGUCUAGGCUCCAAAUCCCAAACCCUUCCACUGCUGCUGACUGUUGCUCCGCAUCUCGCACGCCGCUUCCCCCCGCAGGACGCUCGGACAUAUUGGAAAUGUUCCAACACAUAUUUUUUCACAUGAAUUUCAGCACAGAGCUCGAUCUGGACAUGCCCAAUCACUGAUGAUGUGUUCCUGGAAUACGCAACCAACUCUGUAUGCUUUAAACUUCUUCUGAAAAAAAAAAAGACUCACCCCAUCUGAAUAUCACACACCUCUUUCACCUGCGCUGUUGCUUUUUUUGUGAAGGACACACAAGUUUUGUUUUUUUUGGGGGGGAUUUUUUGACUAUGUGUAUUUUUUGAGCAUGUAGUUUGAAGUUGGAAGCUGUGACUAUUAUUUUACAGAUCUGUGAAUUUAGGGACGUUGAAUUACUGUGAGAUAUAUUUAAACAGCCAGUGAUGUAAUGUGAUGUAAUACAACUGUUAGAUUUUAAUUGAAAAAAGUGUUAGCAUUGAGGCCACGCCUACUUCACUGGGACUGACCCUUAGAGGCCACACCUCCUUCACUGGGAACGACGCUUAGAGGCCACACCUCCUUCUCUGAGAACGACGCUUAGAGGCCACACCUCCUUCACUGAGAACAACGCUUAGAAGCCACACCUCCUUCACUGAGAACAACGCUUAGAAGCCACACCUCCUUCACUGAGAACGACACAUAGAAGCCACACCUCCUUCACUGAGAACGACGCUUAGAAGCCACACCUCCUUCACUGAGAACGACACUUAGAGGCCACACCUCCUUCUCUGAGAACGACACUUAGAGACCACACCUCCUUCACUGAGAAUGACAGUUAGAGGCCACACCUCCUUCACUGGGAACGACGCUUAGAAGCCACACCUCCUUCACUGAGAACGACACUUAGAGGCCACACCUCCUUCACUGAGAACGACACUUAGAGGCCACACCUCCUUCACUGAGAACGACACUUAGAGGCCACACCUCCUUCACUGAGAACGACACUUAGAGGCCACACCUCCUUCACUGAGAACGACACUUAGAGGCCACUAUUAUAUACAUAUUGUAAAUAUGAGUGAAUCUGUGAAUCUUUUACAUCCUCAUUUAAAGUGAUUUUUACAUUGAAAGCAGUUUUUUUAAGAGAGAAGAGAAAGAGUGAUUCCUGGAAGGAUCCAGUGUAACAUAGUUUAAAUGUAAUGAAGUGCCUUUCCCGUGUUAAAGGGAAGUGUGGAUUCACAGCACUUGAUGUACAGACACAUGACUGCUCGUCUCUGGUGGCUCGUUGGUCUUAAUCUGUUGUUUAUGUGUGCGGCUUUUUUUUUUUUUUUUAAUCACUGUGUCUCUGUUUGUUUUUUUUAAUUACUCUGUAUAAAAAAUGUUUCCAAAUAUCAAUUUGGGUUUGUAAGCAAACAUUGACCUGAUUGACGUUUUUCCUCUGAGCUUUAUUUCAUUAUGUAACAAUUUAUAUCAGUGUAUAAAUCUGUGUAUAUAGACUUCAAGUCUGCAAUGAUGUUGAAACAUCACACACACCCACACACACACACACACACACACAUUUAACAGACUGAACAUAAAGGGAUUGCUUCGCCAGAAUCUUCUGUAAAAGACUUUUUUGCUGCCAAAGUGCUUGAUUAAUGUGUGUGUGUGUGUGUGUGUGUGUGUGUUAGGUUUCGUUGCUGUAUAUUCUAUAAAGAUUGUGUAUCACAUGGUUGAUCUCUAAACAUGCAUAUUUUCAAGCAAACUCAUUUUUGAUGGAUUGCGAUGUGUCACAAGGACAAAGAAUGAAGAACAGCUAGAUUCUUUAUCACGCUAUUGCGAACAAAUGCAGAUAUGAAACGCUGAUCUAAGAUGCGUGGGCUGUGAUUAUUUAGCGCAUUUGGAAAAACGACAUGCACUUUUUAUCCAUUUAUAGUUAGCUUUAAUUUUGCAGAACAUCCACAAAACAAGUUAGUUCCUGUUCUGACGUACGUUUUAGCAGCUAUAAACAGUCGUUUAUAUUACCAAAAAAAUGUUAUGUUACCAAAAAUACUGGAACGCAUAACCUCCUCUGUCCUGAAGAGUGUCAGAAAAAAGUUACAGCUUCACCUCUGACUGUUACAGAGUGCUGACACUGGAGACUCCUUCCAUAAAUGUUACAUGAACAGUUACACGUUUUUAGAAUCAGCUUAUGUGGAGUAUCUGCGAUACAAGUCCCUGUGAAAUAACUGUUACUGUAGAAACAAUAACAUAUUAGAUCGAGUUAGAGAAAAUAAAUCAACACCAUCUGACCAAUCAGAAUUCAGCAGCGCUGUGGUGGAAACAGUAACAUGGCAGUAUUGUCGUCACUCUCCCUGUUGUUCAUUCAGGACGAAGUUUUCUUUAGCAUUUUGUCUCACAUUGUUUUUUUUUUGUGCCAAAUUUAAAAGCACAAUUGCACAAAUCCCAUAAUUCAUCAUAAUUGAUGAAAGUUCCAGAAAAUUGUCUCUGUGAUACUAUAUCAUGAUGACAUGGAACACUGUGAUAAAAGCGUAAUCAGUUAUCAUGUCUGUAGAGUGGAAUAAUAUAACAUACAGGAUUCCAGCUGUGCUCUUGUAAAAGCCGGAGUCCUGCACCGUUUGCUGAUUUUGGCUCCGUCCCAAACGCCCCAAAUCAUGUCUAGUUAGUUCUCUUCUCAAGAACAUGAAGCGCUUUCAUUAACGAAGACCCAGACGUUGCAACACAAAGACCUUGUUCUAGCAACAGUCGUCUUCACAGAGCGUAGUGUUGAUGGCCUGAAGAGAUCAUGUGAUCGAACGAUACGGCAAAAUGACUUGUCUUUCUACAUGAUCGAUCAGAGCGACACUAGCUCACGUCUACAGAAUAGCAGUUAGCAGUUAGUUAACUUAGCUAGUCUUCCUGCUGAAAAGAAAGUACAAUCCGUUACAAAAAAUCUGGAGGAGUUUCCAUUACAGGAACCUUAAUGGUUUCCAUCAGGGAUGAAUUAAACAUAAUAGGGCCCUUUCAUCUCUUUCAAAAUAAACCAUCAGGAACCAUUAGGAACAACACAAUCCAUUAAACUCCAAUUAUAACCCAUUAGGAACCACUAGAAACCACUGAUGCUUUCUAAAAAAACAAAGCCGUGCCUUUAAAUAUUAUCCCGAACCACCCGUUCUGUUAACAUUUCCUGUUUAUUGUUACUUUUUAGAAAAGUUUCCAUAAUUUUCUUGCCAUUUCUCAGCUGUUAGGAAUCGUGCGCAGUAGACUGUGUGAUACUCUGGAUUUUAUUCUGCAGAUGUUGCUGUUGUGGUGCUGUAGAUAAAGAACUUUGGUCUCUUAAUCACAGCUGGACUGAGAAAAGGUUUUAUAUCUGCUCGCUAUGUGCCUGCAUUAUACACUGUACAUCUGCAAACAUGGACUUCUCGUGACUGAACAUAUUUGCUUUGUAGAUAUGCAGAAUAUAUACGUACAUUUUUUUGUCUAAAUAAAAUGGUGCAUCACA